UGGACAGAUUACACAUGAGCAGAGUUCAGCCUGAGACAAGCAUGAACACACAGAGCUGUGAAGAGCAGAAGUCAACUGUCUGUGUGGAGCUAACGUCGAGGCGGGGCGACAUUUAUCGACGGCAAGUCUUUCUCACUCUCUGUUUGCUGUCUCCAACAUUCUCGCCAACAUGCCUCAAGCAUGAUAAUAAACAGGUUUAGCUGGGUGACGGGGAAAAAUUAAUGUAACAGGAAACUUUCGACGAGUCCCAGCGGCGGAGCAAAACAUGGUGAAGAAGGCAAGAUGACGGACUUAACGUUUAACCAAGGAGAAGCGUAAAGAGCCAAUAACAGUGUGACUUCAGUAUGGCACAUCGUUCUCAGUGUUCCUCUGCCGGGGAUAACCCCCUGGACCCCAACUACCUCCCCCCUCACUAUCGGGAAGAGUAUCGCUUGGCUAUUGACGCUCUCAUUGAGGAAGAAUUGGAAGGAUACUACCAGUUUCUCCAAAAAGCAGAUGUGGUUGACUUCUUGGCCUCAUCUGAGAUUGAGUAUAUCUCAAGCUCUGUUCAGGUGCCUCAGCAGAGCAACAACCCUGAACAAUAUUAUCAAGAGGAUGAAGGAGAUGGCUCCUCAGACACUUACUGGCCGAUUCACUCUGACCUGGACGUCCCAGGCUUGGACCUCGGCUGGCCUCAGAUGCACCACUUCAUCGGGCCCACAGAGGUCACCACUCUGGUCAACCCCCCUGAGCCUGACAUGCCGAGUAUCAAGGAGCAGGCCCGACGACUUAUCAAGAAUGCUCGGCAGGUGAUUGCCAUAGUGAUGGACAUGUUUACUGAUGUUGACAUACUUGCGGAUAUUCUCAAUGCUGCUAUGAGAAAUGUUGCUGUCUACGUCCUUUUAGACAAGCAGAACGCACAUCACUUCAUCAACAUGGUUUCUAACUGUAGAGUUGAUCUACAAAGCAUUCAACUUUUACGCGUGAGAACAGUGUCAGGCAUCAAGUACCACUGCCGCUCAGGGAGCACCUUCACAGGUCAGAUGAUGGACCGCUUCUUGUUGACAGACUGCAGGGCUGUGCUGAGUGGAAACUACAGCUUCAUGUGGUCUUUUGAGAAGCUCCACCGCUGUAUGGCACACCUUUUUCUUGGACAGCUCGUUACGACCUUUGAUGAAGAGUUUAGGAUUCUUUUUGCUCAGUCCCAACCACUGAUUAUUGAAAACCUUGCUCCAAUGGAAGAGUUAAGCCUUUCACAAAAGAGGCAAUAUCCAACUGAAAGAACAAUGUACAGAGAGACAAAGAAAUUUCAGUCACUGGACACCGGUCAUCCAGAUGAUGGGCUAAGGCAUCCUUACAGUGAACGCAUGGAUUUGAGAAUGAUGGCCCUUAAAAAGCAGGAAUCCUUGCAAGGCCCUGCAGACAUGCACAGUAGAUUUACACCCCAGCAUCCUCGCAUGGAUCCAUCCAUGAUGGAAAAUCCUGCCUUCAAACGUCACAGUUAUGCUGAAGGCAGUCAUGGUAGAUACUCUUUGCCAUUCCUGCAGCAACAGGGAAUGCCAGAAUCUGAGAAACUGGGAAGGCAGUUCUACAGGGGGCAGCAGCCUGGUCCAGCCCCAGGAAGAGAGGCAGAUACCGGUGCCAAUGAGAAGUUUUGGAACCAAGACUUCUAUUCGGCAGAUCCUAAUAUUGAGCCUGGUUUACCUCCAGAGGUCGAACCAGGUGAUAACUUUGACCCUGUGCUCAACUAUUUAACAUCUACCAGGAUUGCCGAGUUUGACAAAGGCUCAGAAGAAUUGCAACCUGUAGCAGAUUUUCCGUUUGGUUCAUCUCACCCUAGAAGAUCGAGUCUAGGCAACCAACAAGCCUUUCAAGCGUCUCCCACCCCAUCAAAUCCAACUGAUCAGAAGCAGUCUUUCCAGGAGCCUAUCACUGACCGCAAGGAUCCUUUGGUGAAACGGGGGCUAAGAAACUGGAGGAUUAGCUCUUUUCUAAGUGCACAUGAUAAUCCAGAAGAGGAAGGCCUGCCAUCAGCACCACUAAAUGCACAGGAUCCAUUUGAAGUGCCCUCUAACCCCAUACAGCAAACAGCAGGCAUAGAUUUAGCACUCCCAAAAAUGCCUAAUUACAGAGAAUUUAGGGUUCCUGCAAUACCAAGGGCAAGUCAGAUGCCAAGUUUUGUCACCACAAGACAGCCAAGGAAAUUGCCUGAUGAAAACACUGCAGUAGCAGCGGAAAUAAAAACAACACCAACACCUUCAGAAUCCUCAUCAUCCACAACUGAAGUGGAGAAACUAGAGGACGUAGAACAAAAGGAACCAAAAAUGUCUGGCCUUCGAAGGGAGGAGUCGUUCCGUCGGAAAUACAAUGCAGCUAUACCGAGGAGCUCUAGGCUAAGAUCCUCUAUGAUAUUCAGCUCUCUGGACCAGAAGAACACUGCUCCAGGUGACCAACAGGAUGAGGAAGGAGACAAAGAUGAGGCAGAACAGACAAAACUGCCUUUUGUUUCUCAAGUUAUGGGACAAAGGAGGACUGCAAGAGAACCUUUUGAGUGGAGUCGUUACAUGAAGUCAGCCACCUUUGAAAACUCGGCCACAGACCAAUCCAAACCAGAUGAUGGUAACAGUAAGCCAGAUAAUAAAGAUUCACCAAAGGAUACAAAUUCAGAGGAUCUUUCAGAGGCACAAAACACAUUAAAACAACCAAGUGUAGAGCAAGCAGAUUCUUCACCAUCAGUGCCCCAAUCCAAAGCUUCUGAAACUGAGCUGCCAAAAACGGAUCAACCAGUAGAGCCACCCAAACCUUUGCUCACCGCUCCUUUGUAUGUAGACAUGUCUGAUCCUGAUAAUAGGCUCAUGUUUUUCAAAGAACUGGCAGCAAAACGCAAAGCUGCUAAUUCUGCAGACGCUGAAAAGAGCAAAGAGAAGGCUCCAAUGAAAUCACCAAUUGAGCUGAAAAGCAACACAGCCGUUGAAAAGGAGAAGCCUGUACCAAAAGAAACCUCAGAAAAGACUGCUGAUGCUUCUAUAUCUAAGGGUUCAUUAGAUAAAAAUGCUAAUGCCAAGGAUGCAGGGAAACCAGUAUCUACAGAAGCAUUCAAAGCAGCCAGUCUAUCUUUGGAUGCCUCCAAAAGCUGUAAACAAGAACAAACCAGAGUUCCAACUGAUUUGGAGAAGAUAGAGCUUAGUAACAACCAAACAAAAGCAACUGUUUCUGCAGAAACGUCAAAACCUCAGAGCCAAUCACCAGAAGAGCCAAAGCUGUCAAAUCCUGCUGUAAAAACAAGUAGCUCCAGCCACCCCCCUACACCAACAAAUGCCACUCCAGCUAGCGUGCAAUCCCUUGCACAAGGUACAGAUAAAAGUAAAAGCCCCUGCCUUGAUUCUACCUCAAAAGAGUCUAGUUCACCCACUCCCAGUUCAGAGAAGGUCCCACCAUCUUCUGGAUUAGCUGUAUUGGAUUCAAACACUCCAAGCCAUGAAUCCCUUCAGUUAGAAACCAGCAUUUCAGGCCAAAGCUCAUCCUCUGAACAAAUUAUGCCAGUCACUGGUUCACAGAUCAGUCCAAGUCCUUCUUCGUCUAGCCGUGCUAUUUCUUCCACUUCAUCAGAAUCCAUAUCUUCUAGUGUUACCCAGAAAGACUCAAGCUCAACAGUAACUCCCAGCAUAUUGUCCCCUAAUGCACAGGAAUCUGUCAGCCCCUCCCUGCCAGCACACUCCCAUCUGACGUCACCUGAUACCAUUUCAGCAACUGACUCUGCACAUGUGGAAUCUGACAUUUCUCCUGACACAUGUGCUGCUGGUUCAGAGCCAAACAAACCUUCACUACAGUCCCAUACAAUGACAGACUCUGAAGAAUCAAGUGCUCCUACACCUUCCGAAAAAGAUAUCCUUGCUAGCCUUAGCCCUUCAUUGCCUGAAACAUGUCUACCUAAUGUAUCUGACCUAGAGAGUCAAUCCAAAUCUGCUCAAAAUGAGACUAAUACUGCUUCCCCCACCCAAGCAGUCCCUCUACCCAACCAUUAUCCAGUAGAAACCAGCUCUCCUGUCAACCCAGACUCUACUACUGAUGCUUCCCAAUCAGAAAGACAAGCGACCCCUCCCUCCAAACUCAACGUGACAAGUUCUGUCACUCCCACUCCUCCUGAAACAGAAUCAUCUUCAAUUCCUUCUUCUCUGUCACCUGAGACUGAAACAACAAAGGGUGUUGGAAAGGAAUCAAAGGUUCUUGGAUCAUCAGAGGAUGUCAAAGCUGAUAGCAAGCUUGCUAGCCCUUCAUUGCCUGAAAUAUGUCAUGUACCAGAUCUAAAAAGCAAUCCUUCAGAGCCACCUGUACCUGCUAAACAUAUGGACAGUCAGAAUGAAGCAAGGAAAGAGACUGAAAAGACUGACCCUGUUGCGAAGAAAACUGGUGAUACCAAGGCAACAAAUAAGGUCAAUAAGACUAGUACACGGGAGUCGGUUGGUAAUGAAAAAACGAAUGAACGAGUAAGCCAGAACAACUGCUCCGGAACGCCAGAGAUCACACCAGAUGUUCCUUCGUCACCACAGUCCAAGCAGCCCAAAUCUAGCCAGUCUCGCUUCCAAUCAUCAACAGCCAACGUGAUCUCAAGCAGCAACCUCAGAGACGAUACAAAGCUGCUUCUAGGGCAGAUCUCUGCCAAUAGCCAGAGCAGGAACGAGGCUGCCAAAGAGGCUCCUGUCACUGAUGAUGAGAAAGAAGACAAAGCUGACAGAAAUGCCAAAAGGGAGAAAGAAAUAGGUAUCAGGUCCCUUAGCAGAGGGCAGCCUAAGUCAAUUGAGGAGCGUGACAAGCUGUUGGAGAAGAUUACACAUAUGAGGAAGGAGAGGAAAGUUUACAGCCGAUUUGAGAUGGCACCUUAAAUGGAAUCGUAAGAAAUGUGUAAGAAUGAACUGAGCAUAAAGUGUGUGUAGAAAGAAAAAGAUUCAAUUUAAAGAUGAAAUAAUGACCAUGAAGUGUUUCUGACCAAUGACAUUUUCUGACCAAAGACCUUUAGUUUGUUUUCUGCAACAACAAAAAAAGCAUAUUAUGCAAACAGGAAGGGGACCUCGAGCUGGCUUUAAAUGGUAAAACUAGCAGUUCAACAAAUUAAUAGAAACCUGAUUUUCCAAUUGUAUUACAAUGACCAACAAAGGGUUUACCAAGAUAUGAACAUAGACUACGUGUGUGUGAUCUGAUGAUGAAUGAUGUGUUUUUACUGACUGCAUGGGUGAAGUGCAAUGUUUGCAACAGGAUCUCUCUGAUGACGUCUGUCCUUUCUUUUUUUAACGGCACUGACAGCCAUUACAUUAAAGUAUGUUGGUUUUAAAAGUGUAAUAGAUAAUCUUUAUAGUCAGUCUGUAAUAUACUGUAUUUGAUAUUGUAGUUUUUCACAAUCGUGUUCCACAAAGAUGCUGAUUAUUACGAGGGUUUGUGAAACUAGUAAAUAAAUACAUUCAUAUCCACGCAGGGCUGUUGUUUCAGUGAAAAUACGUUGGCGCUUAAUUUUAAUAUAAGCAACAGUGUCAACCAUAUUGUGGUAUUUUGAUGAAUUGUUUGUCAAACGAACAAAAAGUAAAAAAUAUGUCUCGUUUUUUUUUUUUUUUUCAUGUAAUUGUUUAUGUUUAAAACCAAAGCUACGUGCAUGGCUAGAUUCCACUGGGUUAAGUGACUAUAUAUGGUGUUAUCUUCUGUAAUUAGCUGGAACCAACCCUAUUUUGACUCUGAAAAUGUGCUUUUUUUCAAUGAAAACAUGUCAUACCUAACCUGUACACUGAAACAAGAAAAUCUGAGGCUGCAAAGACUAAACGACAGUAUGUAAAAUGUUGCCUUGAAAUACUAGAUGUAUUGAGUCUGUCUUCAGCAGCACUUGCCCUUUGUAAAUCAAAUGUCUUAAAAUGGUGGUGUUAUCCUGUCAUUAAAUUGCCAAAAGAAGGUACUAUGAGAAGCA